UGGAGUUACGGUGAAUGAUGAAGUCAUCAAAGUUUUUAAUGAUAUGAAAGUAAGGAAAUCUUCUACCCAAGAGGAGAUCAAAAAAAGAAAGAAAGCAGUUCUCUUCUGUUUAAGCGAUGACAAAAGACAAAUAAUUGUAGAGGAAGCAAAGCAGAUCUUGGUGGGUGACAUUGGUGAUACUGUAGAGGACCCCUACACAUCUUUUGUGAAGUUGCUACCUCUGAAUGAUUGCCGAUAUGCUUUGUACGAUGCCACAUACGAAACAAAAGAGUCUAAGAAAGAAGACCUAGUAUUUAUAUUCUGGGCUCCUGAAAGUGCACCUUUAAAAAGCAAGAUGAUUUACGCUAGCUCUAAAGAUGCCAUUAAAAAGAAAUUUACAGGUAUUAAACAUGAGUGGCAAGUAAAUGGCUUGGAUGAUAUUAAGGACCGUUCGACACUUGGAGAGAAAUUGGGAGGCAAUGUAGUAGUUUCACUUGAAGGAAAACCAUUAUAAAUUGACAUUCAAGUACCAUCUGGAUCUUAAGGAGCUUCCAUUUCUCCAGCUCAGUCCAUUGGAAUAGUAUUAAGUUUUGUUUUAUUGGUUCCCCCUCUUCCACUGGGCCGUUCCAACACAAUGAAUGAAGGAAAUAUCAUUCAUUUAAGCAGCCUAUCAGUGAUUGCCAUUAGACUGUUAAUACUGUUACUUUUAUGUAGAACCCAAGGAAUGCCUUCCUGUCAUAUUUUAGCCAAAACAGCUGGUUAUAUGCCUGCCUUGCAGCAAGCACUACCGUGAAUGUGAUUGUCAAUGUGAAUAGCUUAGAACACUACCAAGGGUAAGCUAAUUGAAUGCCUUGAAAGUAUUAUCCACUGGUCAGAUGGUGAACUUUUUCAGUAUUACUUAUAGUUGCACUUGAUUGCAGUUCAGUGAAGCUCAAGCAUUCAUACACCUCACCUGCCUUGGCAAGCCUAUUUUUGUGACAUGGCAGCACGAUAUAACACUAUGCAUAAAAAGCACUUUUUUGUACCAAGUUUAAUCCCCCAAAAGGAAUGCCAAUUAAGUUUCGUUAACUGUGUGUCAACUUACACUAGUACCUCAGUGUUCAUUCCUGUUUCCUGCAUAUCUUGUUAAAAAAAAAUAGCUGUUAUUAAUGCCUUUUUGUUUUCUAUUGAGUGUACACUACUGAAUAAGUGUAGGAGUUUUAUGUUUACCAUGUGAGUCUUGUAACACUAAAGAUAUUUUGAAUAUCAGUCAUGAUGGCAAUUUCUGUAUAAAAGAGCCUUAAAUGGAACAUUGUUUUGAGAUCAAACUCCCCACCCUCCCAAAAAUGGCCACGUUGCAAUAAAAAUUGUGGCAUGUUACAGAAUGUUGCCUUGUUUUCCUUGGAAAUUUUGCAAAAUAUUAUGUGAAACAACUAGGGUGAGCAGUUAUUAUUAAUCUCUGCACUGGUCAUUUGAGAUUUUUUUUUUGUACAACAUUAAUGUGUGAUAUUUUGUUUGAUUUAUUUGGUUUUAAAAAUAUUCUAAAGCCAAAUAGUAUAAAAUGCCAUUGUUAAAGGAUAGUAUUUUAUAAGCCUUAGUUUAUUUAUUUCAUUAUGUGUUAAUUAUUUUUUGCACUUUGACAUAAAUAUUCUUCAAUAUCUGAUUUGUUCCCUGGAUAAAUUAGCAUAGUUUUUUUUUUUUAUUCACAUUUACAUUUCUAAGUAGUUGUGGAGUAGAAGCAGGAAGCUCUUAUUGCUUAUUUGGUCAUAAUUAAAAUAAUUUAUAGACUUCUUCAAAAUGAUACUUCUGAUGUUAAGGAAUGUUCGUUUCAACUACUGUUUCUUAAUUUUGCAAAUUGAAUUGGAAUAAGGAAUUGAUGUAGCAGUCUUAAAUAUUAGUAGUGGGAUUUGGCUGUGGUCCAGACUGCUCUCCUUAUAGAGAAUUUGAUCUGCUCAGUGUGAGCGGUUUGCUGUUAGCCAGAGCUAUUUAUGGCAAACACAUGCUUUUGUAUCUUGUCAUAGUUAUCCACAAAUGGCAAAACUGGACUUGAUUCUACUGGUAUGUAAAACAGGCAUGCUAGUUAGCAGUCUAUCGGGGCUCAGAACAUAACCCCAUAGCUCUGAAGAAUGCUUUUAUCAGAAAACGGGAAGUAAAAAUAUUCUUUAAAAAAUUUGUUUCUAAUGUGUGGAAGUAAUUUGAGUAUACUUAGACUUUUUUCCAUAUUUUUGAAACAUUUUUUUCAAUGAGAACAUUAAAAAUAGGGGUUAAAUGUCUAGGCUUCCAUUUAAAAUUAUGUGAAUGAUUUGGAAUUAUUUGGACUGAGCAGUUUUAUUACAGACUUCCAGCUGUCUCUGUAAGUUAUCCUGGACAUUUCGAUGGUUUUUUUGUUAAGGCCAAACUCUAAUAAGCAAAGCAGAGAAUACUGAUGUGUACUAAAUCAUAAGUGUAACUGAUACUUGCACCGUGGAAUUUUUUCAUUAUUUUCUAUUCUUUUAAAAUAUAAGGGACUAUAAAUCAGUUAUGUAGUAUCUUUUGUUUUUAUAGCUGAUUGCUCAACUUCUUCAUAUGCCUCUUUAUACAGUGAUUUCAGAGAUUGAAUAUUGCUUUAACUGUGAUACUUUGACUUAAGUUGGCAAAACUGAAAUUAAUAUAGUUUAUCUUUGAAGUACAUCUUCAUGCAAACAGCCAAAAUAAUGAUAAAAUUAAUAACAGUUCACAAGUUAUUUGAGACUAAUUUGGCAUUUGAAAUGAUCUUUUUAUUUUACAAUCAUUUAUAAUAAAACAAUGUUCCAGUUAGCUUUAAAAAGUAUACGGUGCUAAUUAGUAAAAUAUUGAGGGCAAUAUUUUACUGCUAGCUUGCAAAGUUAUGAGUUUAAAAAAUAAAAUAUAUGAAAAUA